GUUUCUUCCCCCGUUUCCCCAGCACCGCUGUGGGUUCUCCUUCCCUUUGCCGGCCAUCUUGGUGCGGGAGGGUGGGGGAACCCCGGAUCUGUGUGUCUGACGUGUAAAUAGGGUGAGGAGAGUGGUUUUAGGCGGCGUUGUGCUCGUGGGAGCGGCCCCGGCGUUGUGCUCGUGGGAGCGGCCCCGGCGUGGUCGAGAAUAAGUUCCCCUCAUUCCUGGCUCCGUCCCGGCGUCGUGGCUCAUGGUGCUGGUGGAUCGGUGGGGAUUCAGUGUCUUCGUGGUGUGGUCGAGGCGUGGGCGACGACAUCACAUCAGAAUAAUUUCCCCUUGGCUCCGUCCAUGCUUCGUCGGUUCUCUGCCGAUGAGGAGCGCGUAGGGUGUAUCCAGGUGUUGUCGGUGUGGCGGCGUUGCCGAUUUCACCAUGGAGGUUUUGUUCCUCCGGCAGCGUCGUCCUCGUGGCAACCUGGGCUCCUAGCUUGCUACGUGGCCGGAUGGAUGGUUGGAGCUCGCUGAUGGGAGUUUGGCCUGGUGGUGUUGCUUCUUUGCUACUGUCCCCUUGGUUGGUUAUUCUGCGGGCUGUGUUGCUGACGAUGUCCGGCGUUUCCAGCUCGAUUGCCUGCCCAGGUCGAGGCGCCCCCUUCGUCGACGCCAAGGCCUCGCUGUUCCGGCGAGCAACUCAUGCGGCGACGUUAACGGGUUUGACUUCGGUCCCCUAUCGGCCUGUGCUGGCGACUCAACGGCUGCUCUUUUACUCUUCGUCACCCUUCGGUCUCCGGUGGUGCGACGGCGAGGCGAAGAACGGCGGCGGAUUUGUUUCUGCAGGAAGUUUCCCAGGGACCUUGCUGUAUUUUUUGAUUUCGCUUGGGUGUUUUCUGCUUUAGGGGACAGCUGUCCCAUAUCUGGUUGUUUCCACAAUGUUGCUUUUGCAAUCCUUGCUUAAUUAAUCAGAUAUAUGAUUUUUCAAAAAAAAGCAAUUUGUAGGCAUACCGCAGUAUGCAGUACACUCGGACAAUGUUUUUCAGCAUUUCUAUUUUCCUCUUAUAUGAUGAAAAAAAAAGAACAUUUUAGCCGAGAUGAGUGGCGAAUGUCACAGAAUUGAACUUGGGAUUUCAUUUUCGAAUUCCAGCGAACAGGUCCCAGGUAGAACGAAAUCCCUCCCCAGACCCUAUCAGUUGGGUGGAUUUGACGGACCCUCCCGAUCCCGUCCCCUCUCCUCCUCCUCCCCCUCCACCCGCCGCCACCCUCUCCUCCGGCCAGAUCGCCCUGUCGCUCCGUCUCGAUUCCUUUCCUCUGCCAAGGCAGACCCGCCUCGGUCCCUCUCCUCCGCCCAGAUCUUCCCAUCCCGCUCCAUCUCCUUCGCCGAGGACGACAUCCCUCUCCUCCGGCAAGGUCGCCGCCGCAGCUCCUCGCCCUCGUCAAUCCCUUCUCAUCCACUGCAAUCUUUUGCCGGAUCCGUCCACCCUUUGCCGCCUCUACUGCAGAUCGAUCCUGUGGCACCGCCCUGCAGAUCCCGACCUCCAAGCCAAGACCUAGUUCCACCUUCGGCACCUUGCAAGGCAAUGGAUCUGGACACAGAGAAUCGUCUAGCUUCAUUACUCCUUGAAGAAGCACGGAGAUUACAGUCAGAGGCUGACAGGGAAGGUGUUCAUGCAUAUCUGCGAAAGCCCAAUGUUAGGCAUCGUCCAAACUCCCGGUUCCUCACAGCCACAGUUCGUGGAGUUCAACAAGCAAACCGUGUUGUGGAGGUUGAUGAAAUGUGGCGUGCCAGGGAGAAGGAACUUGAACUUGAGUGUAAGCUGAAAAGAAGAAAUAAAGAGCGUGGUGACUCUAGAGGGGAGAAACGCAAAGGUGACUCGAGAAAUAUGAGUUCCAGCUCAAAGAUUGAGGAAGGAACUGCUUAUAAUAGUUCUUACUCAGACCAGGAUGAUGGUCUAGGGGAUGAUGAAGUUGAAAAGUUUCUGCAUUCAAGGGUAAAGCGAGGAAGAGGUGCGGUUGGCUCUAGGAUGGACGAACCUGGUCCAUACCUAAAGGCUUCAUCGCAUUGUCGAGACAAAGAACCUAGCCCGGAUAUACGUUUGGAAGAGAAAUGGGAACGCCGAGUGCAAGGUCCGGAGAGGCCACUGUUUCUGAGAUCCAAGUCUCCCGAUGAUUGUUGGCAUAAGGAAACAUUGGAUGAUAAGCCAUCCAGCUCUUGUGAGCCAGAACCACACAGGAAGAAGGAAAAUAAAAAGGGGAGGAGAUCGUCGGAGAAAAAAGAGAGAAAGGAGAGAAAAGACAAGAAGAAAGCCAAGCAUCGGCACUGCCACCACCACCAUCACAAAAGCCGAAGAAGGGAGUGAUGUGCCCCAUUGCUGAACUACAAUUUGUACUACACAAGAAAGGGUUCUGUGUUACUGAAAGAUGCUGCUAUUGCUUGUUCGCUGGGAACCUGUGUUGUAACUAAAACUCCGCCAGUGCGCACUGUGCCCCGUGUUUAGACAUGUUAUGUGUUGCUCAGAGUUGAACUUUCUUUGCCUAUAACAUGAUUGGCAUCUGAUGAGAUGAGAGUGAUCGUUUUCGCUUCUGUGACAUGAUCCAAGGUCCACAUCUGCAGCGAGCUAGUACUGAACCAUGAAUAUCUGUUGGUUAUA